AUCCUCUUCCUUCCAGAACUUGAAACACCGGAAAGUUCUUCCAUCAGACAUAAAAAAAAAAAAACAGCUCCGAGAUUCGAAGACUUCCAUGUCGGAGAGAGGGGAAUAUUCUCCGGCGACAAUUCCGGGGAUGACAGCAGACCCUUUCAGCUGUAUCAACGAACUCGGCGCCAUGGCCAUGAAGAAGAAGAAGUGCAAGAACCAGAGGAGGUUCACCGAUGAACAGAUAAAGUCGCUGGAGCUCAUGUUCGAGUCGGAGACAAGGCUCGAACCCAGGAAGAAGGUGCAACUGGCCCGUGAGCUCGGGCUGCAACCAAGACAGGUGGCUAUAUGGUUCCAGAACAAGAGGGCACGUUGGAAAUCGAAGCAGCUCGAGAAGGAGUACAACAUUCUCAGAGCUAAUUACAACAACUUGGCUUCACAGUGCGAUGCCCUGAAGAAAGAAAAGCAGGCUUUGGUCUCUGAGUUGCAGAGGCUGAACGAGCUGAUGCAGAAAACUGAGGAAGGGCAGUGUUAUGGGCAAGGGGUGGCACUGAGCAGCACGGACCAUGAGUCGGAUAACGGCGAGAACACUCGGUAUCAAACCGAAGUGAAGCCGGGGAAGUAUGAGAACGGACCAGGGGUUUUGUCGGACGACGACAACAUCAAGACUGAGUAUUUCGGGUUCGAGGAAGAUCCAGACCUUAUGGGCAUGGUGGAACCAGCUGACAGUAGCUUGACAUCAUCCGACGACUGGGGAGGUUUCAAGUCAGAUGCCCUUUUGGACCAAUCCAGCAGCAACUACCCAUGGUGGGAUUUCUGGUCCUGAAACUUCGAAAAAAUAAACAAUCUUCACAAUAUGGAACAAGAGGCUUUGAACAGAGUAUUGAGGAAUGGAGACAACUCCGAGCAUUCACCAAAAUAUCUUCGGCCAAUGUUUAUCACAUGGAUCAAGCAAACGAUACUGAAGAGUUAGUUCGAUCUCAGGACUUUUGCAGGGUUUUGAGCUUGAAACUGCUCCCUACACACCCAUCAAUCCAUAGAGUUUGUGUACAAAUUCUGCUAGAGAAUAAAGCAUCUCUGAUAGUCGUAGUUCGUUCUGUUGCUGUUCCUCUUUAGUGUUUUUCAUAGCAGUUGUAGCCAAAGUCAGGUCAGUUGUAGCCAAAGUCAGGUCAGAAAGUGGGAAGAAUGAUAAUAAAAUCAAGGGGCAGAGUGUCAGAAAGCGUCA